AUGAAACGGAAGCGCACAAGUCCUCGCACAGAGUGCAGUCCGCAUACCUCCUCUGUCAAUAAAAGGCCAGUGGCAGAUCGAUAUUCUCAUUGGCGGGUGCAGGAUCAAAGUGGUGGAAUGUGUGACAUUUCUCAAGCUGAAGGUGUUGACCCUGUCAAACUGUGCGAUCAUCUCUGUGAGCUGUGGGCAAAGAGGGAACUUGCUGAGCUGCGUACAGAAGCUCGCCUGGGCUUCUCUGGUCUGCAGGAGCCACUGAGUGGCCUGCUGUGCCUGCUGGAAGGUUGCCCGGCAGCAACGAGGGGCAAGACCAACUCCUUGGGCCAAUGUAUCCUGGCUGAGUUUGCGCGAUGGCUGCAGGACCAUCCCCAUAUCUCUUUAAAGGAGCAACCAGAUGAGCAGGUGAGCAAUCUGCAGCUGCGGGCCUUGAACCUCCUCGCUGAAGCCCAGCCCAGCUUUGUGGACCUGCUUUUGGACGUCUACCAACUAGGCUGCGUGGAUCGAGGCCUGCUGUUGGCACACGUGGACAAACUCCAGACAUCUGGUUUAUACAAAGAGGCCAUCUUGAUGAGCACAAAGCUAGGACUUCAGUCAGAACUAGAUGUGGAGAAGAUCUGUGUCCCCCUAAUCCUCCAGGACAAGCUUUCAUUGGUUGAGUCUUACGUUCGCGGACACCCCCACCUGGAGGAGUGGUUGGUAAAGCUCCUGGACUCGUGGUGCAGCCCAGAAUUCAGCGUGUUUCAGCUGAAAAGGCAAUACCCUCAUUUGGGUUUCUCUCAGCACCAAGUAGAGCGCCUUCAGCCCAAGAUGCUCAGCAAACAGGUGUUCCGGUUAAUGCAGCUAUUCAGCCUUGAUUCAGCACUGUGUCCUAAUUCUGUCACCAAGAGGAAGCUGGACUCCUUGAAGUAUCUCAUGCACAAAACGUUUGUGGAGAAAGGCAUGUCAGAGGAAAGCUGGAGUGAUCAUGUUCAGGCAACAGUAGCGGAGAGCCCAGAGUUGCAGGCCCAGUUGAUAGGGCUCUUGGUGAAGUACCGACAGUUCAUGACCGCUGCCCAGUGGUCACUGCGCUAUGGUGUCCCUAAAGAGAGGCUUCCUCAUGGGGUGUGGGAGAUGCAGCAGAAACUACCACUUGCGCUCCAAGCAGACUCGGAAGAUGACUCUCGGUCACGGGAAUCCUGGGAGCCCCCUCAGUCUGACCGAGACCGAUACUACCAACUUCCCGUGGGCAGGGAAAGUGUUCACUUUGUGCAAACAUUGGAGGAGUUGGAGCUGUGCAGAGAGGUGGUGCUGCAGUCUGGAUCGCUAGUCGGGGUGGACAUGGAGUGGCGAGCCUCUUUCGGCACAGUUACCUGCCAGCGAGUGGCCCUGAUCCAGCUGGCAACGCCUGGCCAGGUCUUCCUACUAGAUCUGAGCGCAGCCGACUUCUGGCAGCAUCCUCGAAUUGUACAGACCAUCCGAGCACUCUUUUCGGAUCCAACCAUUCUGAAGUUAGGUUAUGGGAUGUCAGCUGACUUGAAGAGCCUCUUCACCACAUGGCCCGAGUUCAGAGAUGAGCCUCUGAAAGUGGACGGAAUCCUAGACCUGCUCCACGUUCAUAAGCAGAUGCAGCGCAGCUGCCGAGGUGGAGGGGGCCAGCAGUCGCGGGUCGUGGAGGUUAGCGAGGGCCCUUCUGAGAAGGGGCUGAGCCUCCUGGUUCAGCAAGUUCUGGGGAAGCCCCUGGACAAGAUGGAGCAGCUGUCCAACUGGGAGAGGAGGCCGUUGAGGAACAGCCAGCUCCGAUAUGCUGCUAUUGACGCAUACUGCCUGCUGGAUGUGUACCUCACUCUGUCUCAGGACCCAGCAUGCUACGGCCUGCCAGCUGACCUUCGCUGCAUGCCCUCCAGCCAGAACACGAAUGGCAAGGAGAACAAGAAGCCCAAAGAGAAGGCAGCGCAGGCAAGGUGUUCUGUGGGUACCUCUGAGGACUCCCAACCAGCAAGCAGUGCCCCUUUGGCCCAGGCUGAGGAAACCAUGCUGAUGGUGCCCCAGGAGCUGCGCGUGGUGUGUGAUAACAUGCUCCAAGGCCUGGGCCGCUAUCUGCGCUCGCUGGGGGUUGACGUGCUCAUGCUGGAGAACAACGACGACCACCGAGUUGCGGCCGAGUUGGCGCGAGCGGAGGGGCGUGUUAUUCUCACCUGCGGGCAGCCCUACCAUACGCUGAAGUCGCAGGUAGGCGAGGGUCGCUGCCUGGCGUUGGACUGCUCCGAGAAGGCCCGGGAUCAGGCCGUGCAGGUCUUGCGCCAUUUCCGCGUCCAGCUGACCCCUGAGGACAUCUUCAGCCGCUGCCAGGCAUGUAAUGGUGACCAGUACAUGAAGCUUCCAAGAGACGAAAUGGCACGUUUACUAAAAGAAAGAGGCCUCAUGGAAAAACCUGGAGAGGUGAAGGAUGAGGAGAACUGGGAGGAGCAGUCUAAGCCAAUUACCCAUCCCAGGUACUCCCCCCAUUGUCGCUGGGCACCUGCGUCGGAUCUGGACCCAAAGAGCUUAACUUUCCCCAGUGGGGCUGAACUGCAGCUACACACAGUGCCCCCUGGUCUGAUUCCCAGGAUCCCUGUCUUCUUCAUCUGCACCACUUGCGGCAAAGUCUUCUGGGAGGGCUCCCACUUUGAGCGGGUGGUCAACCAGUUCCUAGACAUUCUGCACAUCACUGAAGAUUCAGCAACUUCCAGUAAUCAUUUCUAGGAUGACUGGACAGAGCGGGUGCUGCCUUUUAUUGUUGACCGAAGACCUGUAUGACCAAACGUAUUGAGGUACCCACCACUCAUUAUGUGAAAUGGCCUUCACAGAAUCAAAGUCAGUUAUUGUAAUGACAGUUUGGAUGUGCUGUGACAGAGCGCUUACAAUUUAACCUUGAUGAUCUUGUGUCAUAUACUUUGUAUAUGUAUUGGGAGAACUCAGUAUCAAGUUUUCGGGUAAUUUCUCUCAUCUGGUUCUUUCAAAGUGUUUUCUGUAGUUUCUGCAUUUUAGUUAUUUUUACUUUUAUAUGUUUACUGUUAUCUCAGAUAACAUUAUUAAAAUCAGUUCAUACAAAUAAAGAGACUGGUAGCAUCUCGUAGAAAUGUACUCACAUUUGCGGUUUGGUGCCAUGGUUACAAGGGUAAAAACAAAAAUAAUUAAAGCCAAAUACAGCAACACACACGAGACACUGUUAAUAGCAACGUGGUCCGACUGAAAAGAAGGAAGUCUUUGUUCUACCUCGUGCCCAUGCGUCCACGAGCCAACGAACUGUUGUAGACGCUCAAUGUUGAGAUGUGCAUUGCAAAGCGCCUGUUUGUUAUUACGAAUCAUUGUGUGUAACUCAAAUUUUUACUGUAUGGGGGGGGUGGUUUGUAACUACGGGUUGUGCGAAAGUUGGACGUUUGUAACCCGGGAACUGCCUCCAUUAAUGGCAAUAACCUUAACCAUUUUUUGUAGCUGCUGAUCAGACCUGCAUAGCAGUUAGGAGGUAUUUUGGCCCUUCCUGUAUGUUCACUUCAUGUACUUUUGAGAUGUCUUGCUUGACUUUUUCACAUCACACUAAAGCAUUUCAAUGGGACUUGACCAUGCUGAAAUACAGAAUUUCUUCAGUUUGAACCACUCCAUUUUUGGUUUACUCCUGUGUUUUGGAUCACUGUCAGGUUGCAUGACUCAGCUUUUGAGUUUUAGGCCACAGACAGACACCUUGGCAUUCUGCUGUAGAAUUUUCUGAUCCAUUUCCUGCUCCCAUCUCUUCACCUCUCCUACAGGCCAUUUCCUAGCAUUUUAUUUUUUAUCUACAUGAUCAUCAACUCUUUGUUCUACUCUGGUUGCUUUCCAUAUGCCUUCAACACUGCCCUCCUUUCACUGUUGUUAAAAGAAACCCUCUCUGUGUCCAAAAUCAAUCUAGAACUAUUGGCCAAUCUGUUCUCUCCCUUUUGUGUAAAAAACUGUGGAACAAGCAACCUACAACCAGUUAUCUGUAUUCUUCACCCAGAAUGAUGUCCUUGAUGAUUAUCAGUCUAGAUUCAAAGUCCACUAUUCCACCAAAACUGCUCUUCUUGCGAUAUCCCAUGUUCUUCAUUCAACUAGAGUGGACUUCAUCUCCUCCACCUGUUUGAAGCAUUUGACACUGUCAACCAUAGGUUUUAACCUCCUCUCUUGGACAGCUUGGCAUCAGUGCUCUGACAUGGCUCUUGGUAAUCCCCUCAGCCUCUCUUGCUUGGAGUUCUGUAGGGUUUGGUGGUGGGCCUCCAUACCUCUUCUCUAUCCAUACCUCUUACGUUGACUCUGUAAUUGCCAUCCAUGGGUUCUCCUAUCACUGCUGUGCCAAUGAUACUGAGCUCUUCAUCUUUUUUUUUUCCACUGGAGCUACAGAUGUUUGUCGCUAAUAGCUUCUGUGACACGUCUGCUUGGAUGUCUGAUGACUCCUUACAACUCAGCCUCUGCAAAACAGAAAUCCUUCAAAUCCCAGUUAGUCCAUCAUCGAGAAUUUUGGAUUAAAGUGGACAACUUGCUCAUUUCACUUGUUUCAUUGGUUAAGUAAUAAUGGGAGUAAUGAUCAAUUGAAGUCUGUCCUUUUCUCAACAUCCUGAAGCCGUAAUCCGGUCCUCAGAUACAUUCUACAUAACAUCAGCAGGAUCUGCCCUUCUCUCACAACAAACUACAAAACUUAUGGUCUGGUCCAUGAUGAUAUCCUGCCUGGAUUACUUCAGCUCUCUCCAGUCUGGUCUUCUUCCCUCUGUUAUCAAAUCUCUCCAGCUCAUACAGAAUGCUGCUGCAUGAAUUGUGUUUGACUCGACAAAGUGUUACCAUGUAUAGACCCCCUCUUUGUCUCUCUGCUUUGGCUUCCUGUAGCUGCCCAUACUGAGUUCAAGACUCUGGAUAUCAAGGUCAUCAAUGGGAUCUGCUCCCCACCUACAGAACCUGAUCAAUAACCUUGAU